AUGAAAUUCAGCAAAGCGCUGGCGGCUAUUUCGUGCGCCGCGCUCUGCUCGCGCGCCGUGGCCAUGGCCAUGGACAUGGACAUGGACAUGGACAUGGAGGACGCGGCCCGCUCCGGCUCCGGCUCCGCCGCCGCCGCCGCCACAACCUCGGAUCUGUCGCAGAUCACACCCGUGCCCCACGAGCCAAAGCAUCUCCACGGGCAGCCCAUUCUCGACACCCAGCUCACGCCCGCAGAGCGGCUGUACUGGGAGAGCUACAACACCACCACGUUCUUCACCACCUCGCUGGGCAACCGCCGCGCGUUCUGGUACCACUGUUUCUCGCUGGCGGCCACCACGCUGGUCGCGUAUCCGGCGUCGCUCGUGCUGCGCAGCGUGCGCUCCAAUUGGUACUUGCCCGCGCUGUGCGUGCACGUGGCGCUGGUGGUGUCGUCUCUGAUCGCAUUGUCCGUGUUCGCAUCCUCGUUCCCGGAGUCCUGGUACCCGGGCAGCGUAUACCCCAAGCUGUCGCUCGCGGUGCUGAUCGCGACGCUCGUGCACUUUGGUGCGGCUGUGAUCACGCAGGCCGCGCGCUGGGUCGCGGGCGACGACGAGCUCGACGCCUACUUCGGCACCGACUUCAUCCCGCUGCACGACUUCGACGCCGGUGCGGGCGAGCCCGCUCCCAUCGGGUCGCCCGCCAUCGGCGGCGCCGAGGGCGCCGCCAGCGUGGCGUCGCCCACCACGGCGACUGCGACGCUUUUCGACGCAGCCGCCAAGCCCCACGACGCAGACGACCCCAAGGGCAAGUACCGCGACGACUCCAACUCGUUCGAGCUCGGCGACGGCUUCCCCCGCGACUUCGAACAACGCACUGAGGACUCCGCCGGCAUGGCGCUCCGCCACAAGUCGCGCACCUCCACCCGCAGGGACCACUUCCUCGGCAAAGUGUUUGCGCAGCCCCUAGUCAAGGCCGCAGCCGACAAGUUCGGGCGCGUGUUCGCGGUGGUUUACUCCGCGCUCAACUACCCGCUGUUGCUGCUGCUAGCCGCCGACUGCGUCACCGGCUUCGCUGUCGGUAACCUGCUCGGGAAGGGCCUCCGCGUGUUCAAUCUGCUGGCGCACUGGAUCAAAGGAGGCGUUUUUGUGGUUCUCGGGGUGGUGUCGCUCGCGCGCUACUGCGGGUUCGGCGUCGCGCGCGGCUGGGCUUGGAACAAGAGCAUCGUGUUCAAGAACCAGAUCGAGUCCGGGUCGUGGGUCGGGCGCGUCAUGCCGCACGGCACGGUCACCAUGGAGGGCAUCGAGUCCGCGCUUAUCUUCCUGUACGGGUCCACCAACGUUUUUCUGGAGCAUCUGUCCAACCAGGACGGCAAGUGGGCCGCCAAGGACCUGCAGCACGUGUCGAUCGCGUUCAUGUACAUCGGGUGCGGGCUGUGUGGGUUGAUCGCAGAGCACAAGCUCAGCGACUGGCGGUUCAACCACGUGCUCACGCACACGCACAUUUCGCCCGAGGUGAUCCACGCCGGGUCCCCCGGCUACUCGCCCAACCCGUUCCCCGCAUUCACGAUUUUCUGGACCGGGAUCCUCAUGUCGCAACACGCGCAGGCGUCCGCCACGUCCACCACGAUCCACGUGCAGUGGGGGUACCUGCUGUCGUACGGGUCGUUUUUCCGUCUCAUCACGUUUGUGCUGCUCAUGCUCGUGCCCAACAAAAACCUCAACCCUUCGCGGCCGUUCACCGAGCUCGUGACCUCGUUCUGUCUGCUGUGCGGUGGCCUCAUCUUCAUGGAGUCCACUGACCAGGUCGUCGAGGCCCUCGAGUUCCGCGGCUUCACCAGCAUGUUCACUUUCAACCUCAGCGUCGGAUUCACCGCGUUGUUCAUGGCCUGGGAAAUGAUGCUGUUCCUGUGGCUCGACUGGCUCAAGGAGCGCCGCAACAAGCUGUGA